AGCUGAGACGAAGAGGUGGGGAUCAAUUCUGCAUUGGGAUAAAUAAGCGACACCAACACUGAACACAGCAUUCAAUGCAAUGAAUCAUGCAUCUUCCAGAAACCCGAUCUUGGCGGGGAAGAUCGAGAUCGAGGAGCAAGUGGAUAAAAAAUCCCAUCGACAUGGAUGACAGUUCUCAAACUGGUGUUUUGUCAGGCUGUCUCACUCUGAGAAACCACUCAAUUAAUCCCGCAUGCAGAACGCGUCUGCUGGUCCACUUGAGUACAGCAUUUUCAGUAUUUCUAAUAUGUUGCAGGAUUGGACUCCUUCCGAUUCAAAGCAAGCCAAGUUUGCGAGGUUUCAUCUGAUGCGAAAAAGGACAGGGAUGUCGACCGAAUUUGGAAUUAAUUACCAUUUCCAUCAAGGAGAAGCUGAACGGGAGGAUGUGGAUAAAGGAGUGGAGCUCGAUAGUGUUCCCAAGUUCCAACCCCCUGGGUCAAAGGAGAUGAUAUUCAUGGCUGUUUUAUGGGGUAUUAAAAAUACCCCACGUGUUCACUUCAGUGUAGAGAAAUCUCCGACUGAAUCGAGUAACCUCAACGAGCGCAGACAACGAGAUGACUGGCUGUGUUUUGGCUGCAUCUCGGGCCUUGACAUUAGUCUGCUGCAGAAGAACAGGGAGAAAAUUCUGGAACAUUUCAGGGACAGAAUACAGAAUGGUGACUGGUUGUACUAA